AUGCAGAGAACGGUAGUCACCAUCAACAGCAAUGGCCGCCAAUCGGCGAGCUUCAUCCGAGUGGCAUCGGCACUGGGAUGCCAAGUACGCGCGCAGAUGCGGGACAUGAACGGCAUCGUCGCCGAGGAGCUGUCGCAGCUGCCAAAUGUCACCGUCUACGUCGGGCCCCUCGAGGACCAGAAAUUCCUCGACGAUCUCUUCAAGAGCGCGCAGUAUGCAUUCAUCAACACCACCCACUGGGGAGACGAGGUGGCCGUCGGCAGAUCGCUUGCCGACGCCGCCAAAAAGGCCGGCAUCCAGCACUACAUCUACUCGAGCAUGCCCGACCAUUCCGUUUUCGGCAAGAACUGGAGAGCGCUUCCGCUUUGGGCCCCAAAGUUCACCGUCGAGCAAUAUAUCCGCCAAAUCGGCCUCCCCGCCACAUUUGUAUACUGCGGCAUCUACCACAACAACUUCACCGGCCUGGAUUUCCCGCUCUUCCGCAUGGAACACCAGCACAAUGGAAGCUUCGUCUGGCAAGCGCCUUUCCACCCUGACCAGAAGCUGCCGUGGCUUGACUCCGAGCACGACAUCGGCCCCGCAGUCUACCAAUUGUUCAAGGAAGGGCCGCGGAAGUGGAACGGCAAACGUAUUCCGUUGGCCUUCUCCGUCCUGACACCGAAGGAAGUCUGCAAGGCCUUCAGUCGUGGGCUCGGAAGGCCCGUUGUAUACAAGCGGGGCCCUAUCGUGAUAAACGUGCCCACUCCCGUCGGAUACCGUGAGCACCUAUCCGCCCUCGAGGAGACGCUGGCGGAGAAAGCCGCCCCCUAUUUCGGCCCAGAUCUCGAGAAGGAUUGUCCCGGCGUCGCUCUCGAGCUCUGGGAAGGCAACCGCAGCAUGGAGGAGUAUGCGCGGGAGGUUUUCCCCGUCGAAGAGGCCGCCAACGGCCUAACGUGGAUGGAGGAGGGCGAAAUUCUCCAGCAUUUCAACGGCGUUGUGGGCUUGACCGAGCAACUCAAUCAAGCCAGGCUCUAG